AAAUUCAAACUCAUUUCAACCGUCAACGAGUGUGGUGUCGCAAAGUCGAUAGUCGGUUUGAGUUUUUACGGUUUUUGUCUUCUAUAUUGAAAUCGGCAUAAACAAAUAUCGUUGUUCUUAAUAUUCUAUUGAAAAUAAAUUAAUAAUGUCGAUACAAUUAAGUGAUCAUAGUAACAAUAAACAAGGGACUUUAGUUGCUAAAACACCAUUUUCAAUCGAACAUAUUUUGUGUCAAAAUAAUUUAAAUAAUAAUAAUAAUACCGUUAAUUGUGAUACAAAAAGUGCUGCUAGUGUGGAAAAAAUCGGUUUAAAAACUUCGGUUGCAGCGGCGGCUAUUUUGAGUGGGAAAAUUGGUGAAAAUGAGAAACCUAAGGAAUCUACGCCAACAGCGGCGUCAGUGGCGGGCUCAGGACAUCAUCAGCACCAUCAUCACCAUCGGGAAGAAGAGGAAUACCAAAGGAUAAUACAAAAUCAUAGAUUUAAAAUCUCCGACCGUCUUCCACCACCCCCAUCUCAACAGCAACAACAAACCCAACUGCCAUCUAACAUUCAACCAUCCAACUUCAAUGGCAAUCAUCCGCCUAGUUCUGGAAUUUUAUAUCCAAAUUCACCAUACAGUGAUCAUGGGUUCCUUCAAAUGACACUUGGCUAUCUGUCACCAUCUUCGGGAGCUUAUAAGUCUGUGGAUCCAUACUUUCUUUCUCAAGCAGGUCUUUUUGGAGGUGGUCAUCUUUUCGGUGGUGCAGGAUGUGGUGUCCCAGAACUGGCACUUGGCAUUGGAAUGGGUGUGAAUGCACUUAGACACUGCCGUAGACGUAAGGCACGUACAGUAUUCAGUGACCCACAAUUGUCAGGUUUGGAAAAACGUUUCGAAGCCCAAAGAUAUCUUUCGACACCCGAACGAGUAGAACUUGCCACUGCGCUAGGUUUGAGUGAAACGCAAGUCAAGACGUGGUUUCAAAAUCGCCGAAUGAAACACAAAAAGCAAUUGCGUCGCAGGGAUGCCAAUAAUGAACCCGUUGACUUUUCACGUUCGGAAACGACCGAAAAGACUAGCAACGGCAACAACUCCUCUCAUGCAACCACGACAACAGCAGCAUCUUCGAAUUUGUCUUGUGAUUUGGAAAAAGGUUACCCAGGUUAUGGCUCGAAUACGACGACGUCGUCAUCAAGUACUGCAGCUGGCCAUCACCAUCAACGUUCGCAGCAUCAUCAUCAUUUGAAAAUGUUGAGGACAAUAUCAGCCUCGUCGGGUGAUAGUCUGUUGAUGAGUGGACACCCAGACCAGGACUUGACAAGUGAUGACAAUUCGGAUGAUGAUGGCAGUGAUGUGGAUAUAGUUGGUGAUACAAAGAUGUAUAUGACAUAAUAGUAUAGUUUUCAAGAACAAUAAUCAAGAUGUAUAUAUAUAAAAUUAUGUUAAAAUAUUAUUUAUUGAAAUUUUGUAAAUAAAUUAUUUAUAAAGUCUUUAAGAAAUUGAGAGUGUGGAUCUAGUCAGAACGUAGUUAUAGAAAUAAAAGAAAAUAAUUUCAAAUUUAAAACGUAUUUAACCUAAACGUAUCUUGUGUAAGAAAGUUCAACGAAAACAUUGAAAAAAAUUAAUAAUAAAUGGUAAA